UAUAGGUGAAAUCCGACAUACACUUACUUUACUCCGUACGGAAUUCUUUUUACCCCGUACAUGUGCAUACGGAGUACAUACUCGAAUACUGGCAACUAUGUUCCUCCUUCAUUCCAGCAGCCGAAAAGCUUCUUUGAAAUCUCUUAAACGGUUUGAUCAUGACUUGAUAUUAUUGAUUUGCCGGAAUCUAAAUCCGGCUACCUUUAUUACCUUUUAAAGGAGCCAUUUCCACACGCCAUAAUUUACUUGACGUCGAGAUAGAUACCUUUCAUUCUACUUAAACCUGUGCAUUUCGUCUCUAUUUUCCUCUAUUUUCCUCAAUUUACCACAUCUCAUUCACAUAUUCAACAAUGGCAAUCCUCAUCACUGGCGGUACAGGGAAGACUUCUCUUCAAUUGGCCCAUCAUCUUCAAUCCGCCUCCAUUCCUUUCCUUCUCGCUUCUCGAAAAGCUCAAUUGACUGCUCCUCCGGGAAUGCAGGCUGUUAAGUUUGACUACACAGAUCCAUCAACUUAUCAGUCUGUUUUUUCUUAUAAAUUUCCACAUGACGAAGUCAUCACUGGAAUUUAUCUCGUUGCUCCGGAAAUUCCAGAUCCAGUGCCAGUAAUGAAUGCCUUCCUCGAUGCGGCAGUCAAAAAUGGCGUGAAUAGAUUCGUUUUGUUAAGUGGUGGUGAUCUGGAAAAAGGAGGUGAAUUCACUGGGAAGGUUUGGCAGCACUUGGAUAAUCUGGGUGUAGAGUACUCGGUUUUGAAGGCUAGUUGGUUCAUGGGUAUGCACUUCUCCAUUCCACAGAGCCCUUAGACAAGUUUUAUUAAAUCAACCUGAAAGACAACUUCAUCAUAUGGCCAUACAUCCAAACUAUCAAGGAAGAAAAUAAAUUCUUUUCUGCCAUGGGAGAUGGUAAAGCCCCGUUUGUGUCAGCCAGUGACAUUGCCAGAGUAGCAAUGAGCGCACUUACCAGCAAGACGCCACUGGAUCAUGAGUACAGAGUCCUUGGACCUGAAUUACUUAAUUAUGAUGAGGUAUUUUCACUCUUCUUCAGUCUAAUUCAGCUGGCUUAUCAAUAUUAGAUUGCUGCAAAGUUGAGCCAAGGUCUCGGACGAACAAUUGUCCAUGUCAAGGUCACGCCUGAGGAGAUGACACAGCGGUAUAUCAGUGCGGGAAUGCCUGAAGACCUUGCAAAUUAUUUGACCGGGUUAGAAGUUAUGACUGCCAAUGGUGGAGAAGUGAGGGAGAAUGAUGUGGUAGAGAAGAUUGGAGGCCACAAACCAAAGACUUUUGAUGAAUUUGUAUCGGAGAAUAAAAAUCUUUGGAUGUAGGCCGAUAUUCCAAUAUUCGGAUGACGGACCAAUGAAUUUGUGUCGAUAGUUUUGCUACGCGAAAAUGACUCCUUAAUUCAAACCCAGAUUUAAGCUGAAUUGCCGUUUGAUUAUCCAUGUGAAAAUGCUGAGCUUGGAAGAGCUUACCCUGAUUUGCAUUUAUUCUUGAUAAGUACCGACAUAGUGGUUGCGAAUACCAACCAACUGUGGGUAUCCACCAGAUGAGAAUGACCUUAUCUACCACCAAUUCUCCCUUCUUCUUUCCCUCCCAAUUUUUUACCACCAAAUCAGAAGAAACAGGUCUUAUCCUCUCACAAUGAAGUCAGUAGCAAUAAUCGGGGCAGGCCCAGCUGGUCUCGUUGCCGCGAGAACAUUAAUUCAUUCCUAUCCGGGAUCAUUCAACGUAAAAAUAUUCGAGCAAAGUACCCACAGCGGUGGUCUUUGCUGUCGAACCAAACCC